UAUGAGUUUGGGGAAAAAGAAAUCCAUUAUUUUUGUGUAUAAUUUUUGCGCAAAUCACUUAAAACUAUUUUAUGGCCGAUUUUUGACUCCUGGGCGAAGCUACGUCUACUAGUAUGCAACUUCAAUUAUUUCUGUGAUUUUAUCGACAUUUUCUUUAACAUCAAAAAUGCCUGAACGGAAUCGACGAAAACAAAAUUGCUCGCAUGUAAUUAGCUAUUACAGCAACGGCACCAUAAACAUCAUUCAGCGGCCUGGCUUGCAUUUUCGCCUUUAUCUUUAGCAAAAAAAAUUUUGUAGUAUGAAAUGUCACCUUGACCAACGAACAAAAACUUUAAAUUGUUUGAUCGACACUUUACGAGAUAUCGAUCACUACAGCCAGCUACCGAGAAAAUCAUGGAUUCAUUUUCCUUUUUUUAUAUUAGGCAAACUCCUUCUUAGUGAUUACCUUAUCAAUUAAUUCAUGAAGACUAUUUCACAAGAUUUUGCUAAUGAAGGCAUUUGAUUACACAAAGGUCGUUGUGGACGUACAUUUGGUAUAUAUAAAAAUGGUAUAUGGAAAGAUGAGCCGGUCGACUUCGAGAAGGCUAUGGACACAGCAGGUUUCGGGAUAUUUAAUUAUGUUUUGCUUCUCGUUGGAGUAUUUGCGGCGCUCGCUUCUGUCUUUGAAACUUCUACAAUGUCCUACAUUCUUCCGGUUGCCGAGUGUGAUCUUGAGAUGACUCUAAGAGAUAAAGGCUUGCUGAAUGCAGCAACCUAUGCUGGAAUGAUCACGUCAGCAAUCAUUUGGGGCUAUCUGGCAGAUACAUUGGGGAGGAGAAAAGUUUUAAUUUUCGGUUACUUAGCUGAUACUAUUUGCGUGUUUAGUAGCUCAUUGACACAAAACUUUCAAAUGCUCGUUGCCUUCAAGUUUUUAGGUGGCUUUAUCGUUAAUGGACCCGGCGCUGUACUUUUUACGUAUUUAACCGAGUUGCACCCUGCCAAGCAACGACCACGAGUGCUCAUGAUUUUGGGUAUGAUCAAUUCAUUGGCAACGCUAGCUUUACCAUUAAUAGCAUGGGCCAUAUUUCCAAGAGCUUGGAAUUUUUUAUUGUUCGAUAGUCUGCAAGUGUACUCUUGGCAAAUAUUCUUGGCCGUGUGCGGGAUACCAAGUUUGAUUGGUGGACUUAGUUUCAUUUUCUUACCAGAGAGCCCCAAGUUUCUUAUGUCUCAAGGGAGAAAUGCUGAAGCUCUACAUUCAUUUCAAAAGAUUUAUGCCCUUAAUCAGAGAGUUCCUAUGCAUACCUAUCCUAUCAAGCAGCUGGUUGAGGAAGUACCGAAUCGUGGUUCCAAUGUUAAUGAGCAUGUAUUUACAGUGGAGAAUAAACCGGUUAAGCCGAAAUUUAAGCGUGAAGCAAGAACAUUUACACAAGCUGUCCGUGAUGGUAUGAUUCAGAUCAAGCCCAUGUUCAAGAAACCUUUAUUGGGGCAUUCGCUUCACGCGUACGCAUUGCAGUUUUUAAUUUUGCUCGGCUUAAAUACCAUUCGACUUUGGCUACCGCAAUUAUUCGCAUCAAUUGGAGAAUACGAAGCUCUGGAGACCUCUAAAACAGAAUCAGCGAAUCUUUGUACAAUUCUAGAGUAUAGUGUAAAUAAAACAGCUGUGGUAACCGAUUUCGCGGAGAAAUGCAGUGAACGUCCGGAAAUUUCUGUGGAUCUAUACAUAAAUAAUAUAAUAGUUUCAAUAACCGGUUUGGUCGGAUAUUGUUUUGCCGGAAUGAUUGUGAAAGUAUUGGGAGCAAAACGGCUACUAACGUUUGGACUUCUAAUAUCUGGUUGCCUUGGCAUCGGACUUUAUUGGUCUGUGAGUGGUCUUUCUACGCUAAUUAUGUCAUCAGCGUUUGUGACGAUUUGCAGUGUAUCGACAUCGUCCCUUAUGGGCAUUGUAAUUGCCCUAUUUCCAACUUCUCUGCGAUCGCUAGUAGUAGCAACAGCCAUGAUGUUUGGACGUUUAGGAGCUUUGUCUGGAAAUUUGGUCUUCCCUAUUUUCAUGGAAAUGGGUUGCAUACAACCGUUCUUGAUGGUUGGUCUAGUAUUGCUUGCUGCCAGUGCUUUAUCUGUCAUUUUGCCAAGCGGGACAAAAUUUAAUCUUACAUAAAAAGGAAAGGAUUGUGGGAGUUAAGAUGUGAUCGUUGUUUUUUAUGUACUUUUAUAUACAUACGUACGUACAUAGUAUGUAUGUACAGGUGAUAAUUUAAUAACCACUUGGGAAAUGUAGCCGUUGAAUAUAGUUUCUUUUUAUCUCGAUAGUUUUAUUCAUAUUAAUAUAUAUAUUUAUGUACGCAUGUAAAUGUGCUCAAGAAAUUGUAAAGAGUGUUUGAAUAUAAUUCUAUGUGCAUGUGGUUUUAAGUACUUAAGUCCGAUAUGGUUAUUUAUUUGGUAAGAUUAGCAAAGCUUGUGUAAUGAUUUAUAAUUUAUAUUAAAAUGUGAAUAAAUUUGUUUAUGUAAUAUAAA